UGUGUCUAUCAGUCUAUGAUUGCAUUUAAAAAAAUGAGUAUUAUCAUUGAAGAUGGACAAGUUUCAGCUGUGGGAUUGUUCAUAGGUGCAAGAGGAAAGAAAUGCUUCCUGGUUAUUCAGUCUAGACUAUUCAGGAAGGAAUACGUGAAGUAGUAGGGUUACAAGUUGAACACACUAAAAUGGCUAUUAAAAACAUUUGGCACAGUUUGACUCAGGAAAGAGGUCCAUGUAUUCAUCAAUUUAAAACGGCAUUUUUUCUGCUGCUUACAUUGACAUUCUUAUUGCUUGCCGUUGCUUACGCCUCUGAUUUCACUUUGGACACAAUUACGUUCCCUAAAACAUUGUUUACUAAAAUCAUGAAUCAGACUCACUAUAAGGUAAUUGACAGCAUUUGGGCUGAUCAUAAUCAAAAAGAUACAUUAGUGCAUUUGCCCAAUCAGCAAAUACAACAAAGAGGUUCAACAAUUAGUUAUCAUAUAGCUCAUCCAAGCAACUAUCAUUACAUUCUGGAUGAACCUGAUAAAUGUCAGCAGAGUCCGUUCCUGGUCUUGAUGGUCCCCGUGGCGCCCCAUCAGGUAGAAGCUCGAAACGCCAUCCGGAGCACGUGGGGGAAUGAGAGCACAGUCCAAGGAAACGCAGUGAUGACUCUCUUCUUGGUGGGUUUGACUGGAGGAUCCGACUCUGAAAAAGCUCAACAGCAGCUGGAGGAAGAGAGCCGACAACACAGAGACUUACUGCAGAGCAACUUUGUGGACUCGUACUACAACCUGACCAUAAAGACGAUGGUGAUCAUGGACUGGUUGGCCACUCGUUGCCCUCAAGCCAGUUUCAGUAUGAAGGUCGAUUCGGACAUGUACUUAAACCUGGAAAACCUGGUUACUCUUCUAUUGGCACCCAACACACCCAGACAGAACUACAUCACUGGAAUGGUAAUGUGGAACCGGCCUGUCAUUAGAGACACAAACUCAAAAUGGUACGUGUCAGAGGAGUCGUACCCCGAACCAAUUUACCCCACUUACCUGCUGGGAAUGGGAUAUGUUUUCUCCAAUGACCUGCCAGAAAAAAUAGUUGAGGCUUCCAAGGAAAUAAAGCCCUUCAACAUAGAAGACGCAUAUGUGGGGGCUUGUGUGAAACAUUUGGGUUUUGCACCCUCAUCCCCCCCAGACCCUUCACAGUUCAGAGCCUAUCUGGGACAAUAUAAACGAGAGGAUUUUCUCAGGGUCAUUACAACAAUCCUGGGAUCCCCGCAGCAGCUAAUAGACAUCUGGAAGGACGUAAAGAGACCCACAUAAAAGUAUCUCAAACUUUCAUAAAAGUAUCAUACAUGAGCAAAAUUGGUUUACAAAUAAAAAAUUACAAUCUAUAUAUGGAGUUAAUAUACUGUAUGCAUAGAAAUCCAGGUCAUAUCUAUUUUAAAUGAAAACUGUUUUCACAAAGCACGGGCAUUUUUCAUAAAUGUCUGUUGGGGAAGGUUGCUAACUGGUGUCAUAUUUUGUAAUUUUAUACAAUUAAUUAAUUAUAAUUUCAGUUAGUCGGAAGAAGGUUUUAUAUUUAUGUCCAUUAAUUAAUUUUUAUUAUUGUUUUUUCUUUACUGUUUUGUGGGUGUCAUUGUUGAUUUAUUCUUUAAGUAUUGAUUGGGGGAAAAACAACAUAAGAGGGAGAAAUCACAUUAGAUCAUGGUUGAAUGUUCCAUGAAAACAGACUGCUAGUCUACAAAGAGCGAGUAUGUAAAAAGUAUUUUUUUAAACACUUGAAGAAGAGAACAAUAUGAAAGGGAAAAGCACAGGAGCACAAAAGCCAAUGAAAUGAUUCAACAAAUUGCUUGUGAUAUUCCUAAUUUGUAAGUUGCUUUGAAUAAAACCAUCUAUUAACUGAA